AUGGAAAGCUUAAUUAUGAAAGAUAAGACAAAUUUAGAAAUAAAGGUGGAAGAAUAUCGUAAACGUAAGGUCGCGCUGAUAAGUGGAAUAACAGGACAGGAUGGAUCUUAUCUCACAGAACUCCUUCUGAGCAAGGGUUAUCAAGUACACGGUAUAAUCAGACGUUCUAGCUCGUUCAACACAGGCAGGAUUGAACAUCUUUAUAAGGAUAUACAUGAUAUGCCAGAUAUGAUACUCCACUAUGGUGAUCUCAUGGACACUACCAACCUAGUUUCUAUUAUUAGCAAAGUACAGCCAACUGAGAUAUACAAUCUUGCUGCACAAUCGCAUGUUAAAGUGUCAUUUGAUAUGGCUGAAUAUACAGGCAAUGUUGAUGGAUUAGGUACAUUACGCAUGCUUGAAGCUAUUAGAAUUACAGGUCUUGAUCAAUGUAUACGGUUCUAUCAAGCUUCGACAUCUGAACUUUAUGGAAAAGUUGUGGAAACACCGCAGAGUGAAACUACUCCAUUCUAUCCCCGGUCACCUUACGGAGUAGCCAAACUGUAUGCUUAUUGGAUAGUCGUAAACUUUAGAGAAAGCUAUAACAUGUUUGCAGUAAAUGGUAUACUAUUCAAUCACGAAUCACCUCGGAGAGGGAGGACCUUUGUUACACGCAAAAUAACGAGAGCAGUUGCAGAAAUAAAACUUGGCAAGCAGGAAUGUUUAUACCUUGGUAAUUUAGAUGCUAAGCGCGAUUGGGGACAUGCUCGCGAUUAUGUAGAUGGCAUGUGGAGAAUUCUCCAACAUGAUAUACCAGAGGACUUUGUUCUCGCAACCAAUGAAACCCACAGUGUUAGAGAAUUCACUGAGAAAGCCUUCAAAGUUGUCGGGAUUACAAUAAAAUGGCAAGGUGAAAAGGAGGAUGAGGUUGGAAUUGAUGCUAGCACCGGUAAGAUUAUUGUUCGCAUUGACGAUAAGUAUUAUCGUCCUGCUGAGGUUGAUUUGCUGCUCGGUAAUCCAUCUAAAGCAGAAGAAAAACUCAAUUGGAAACGUGAAGUGAGCUUUAAUGAAUUAGUCGAAGAGAUGGUAAACGCAGAUGUCAAAAUGGCCAGCACGAUGGUUGCAGACCAGAAUUAG